AUGGAGGCCUUUCGCUCCGUGCGGCUGACGUGCCACACCACGUUGGCACCCUCCAUCGCGAGGGAGGAGAAUGAUCACGUGCUGCGCAUCUUCAAUGCCCCCACGCGGUGCGCAGAGCGUGAAGCGGAGAGUCGCCUGCACAGGCUCCAUGGGCGCGCCGGCUUCCUGAAGCGACAGCAGCAGUCCGUCAUCGGCUUUCAUCCGCUCCGCUUCUUAGAGAGGAUGUCCACGGAAGCAAUGACGGAUCCUGACGCGGAGAAAAUGGCCUACUCGAUGCGCACCCACGCCACGUCGUUUGAGCAGCUGCUGCGGUUUCUCAUCGCGAAACUCCGGGAGACCGUACAGGGCGUUUCUUGGAACUGCCCGCAUGCGCACCAGGAGUGGGAUUCCGAUUUGCGCUUCUACGGGCCGUGGUGGCUCGUCGUGCGCUCGGGGUGCCACCUUAGGCAGCCCCACGCUUCGACGCGCUCCAUCUUGAUGAACUAUACAAGUGCCUCUUCCACUGCAAAGGCAAAAUACACUCCCCGUGCCGUCUGCCAAAGCGACGCGCUCUUCAAUGUACACGAGGGCAGGCCAGAGAAUCAAUACACGCCACUGCUGGUAGAGCAGAGCGUUGCGGCAGAAAGUCAGCUGCUUGCCGACAUUGCACUUCGAUUAGGCGGAAACACUUUUCAGCUCAACCUAUUUCAUCUUAGCGGUAUCUUUCUGAGCCCUGAUCGAGUGCACGUGCUCGUUUUCGACGGCUUCCGACGUUUGUGUGCGGGAACGGCCACGGCGACCGGGACGGCUUCACCGAUGCAGGCAGGCUCCAUGAGUGGCGAGGACAGUCUUCUCUCCAUCGUGUCCUUGUCUUCCUGCCACAUCGGUUCCGCGGGACUCCUCAUCCUCCUUGCCGGCAUUGUCUACCUCUCCAAGCGUCACAACUGCCACGUGCACUCGCUUGACCUCUCGUACAACGACCUGACUAGUAGCUCGCUGUGGUGCUUUACACAGACGCUGCCCUUCACGAAAAUCAGGCGGUUGAGUCUCCGCGGAAACGUCCUCACCAGCAGGGACCCAUCUACACUGUACGAACUGCUCUCAGAUGGCUGCAACCGAGAGAUAGAGGAACUCGAUCUCAGCUACACAGCCCUCUCUGCUGCGCAGACAAGCGCCCUGAUCGACUACCUUCCGCGCCUAUUGAAGCUGCGCGUGCUGCUUCUGGAGGAGGUGAUCAUUCCCUCAGCGAAGUGGCCCGCCUUUGCAGUAGCGGUAGCAAGGACGCAUCUGCUGCGCGUGCAACUCUUCGCCGGUGCCCCAUCGUCUGCGAUGGUCGGGUACGCCAAGACCAUCGAGGAGAUGUGCCUGCGCAACCGCCAGCGGGCGAUGGAAUGCUGCGACGACGAAGUCUUGCAGAAGGACAUGACAACGUACUUUGGCUUGAAGAACGCAAGCUUUUUCCAGGCGUUUUUCCAAGUUUCGCCGCUCCGAGGCGGUCUCGCGUUUGGAGAGACGACCGCAGCGCUGCCAGACGGGUAUGGUGUCUUUACCGACAACGACCCAAGUAUGCAUGUCUAA